AAAGCAGCUCUGGAGGCUGCACUGAGAAAGAAGAUUGAAUGUGAGAAAAAAGCAUUGUCUAUAGUUGAACAGCUCCUGGAAGAGGACAUCACUGAAGAGUUCCUUCUAAAUUGUGGAAAAUGUAUUACUCCAUCUCACUAUAAAGAUGUUGUUGAUGAACGGUCUAUCAUCAAACUGUGUGGCUAUCCUCUAUGUCAGAAUAAACUGGAAAAUGUGCCAAAGCAGAAGUACAAAAUUUCAACAAAAACGAACAGAGUUUAUGAUAUCACUGAAAGAAAGACCACCAGACAUAGAGCUGCUGAAGGAGGGACGGAGUGGACAGUCUGGAGAAGAGGUGAAACUACGUGAUGAAGUAAUUAAAGCAUCUGACAUUGAAAAUCCUAGGAUAUCUUCAGAUCCGUGUGAAUCUGGUUCUCAUGACGCAGCCAGUGACAGCAGUACUGAUACUGAACAAGGAUUUAUUUCUUCUGUCCUACCAGGAAGUCAGUCAAGUUCAGCCAAUUUUGCACAGCAGUUGCCCAGAAAAAGCAUCCUCAAAAAGAAGCAUGCUCAGAAAGUCCAUGCCAGCCCUAAAACUGAAGAUGCAGAUGUGGUGGAAGCCACUGUACAACUCUCUCAUUGUAAAUUAGACACUCAGGAAGAAGGACAUGCUUGCUCUGUUCAUAAUGAAGCAACUACACCACCUUCAAACAAUACUGCUCCUGGGAAAUCAAGUGCUUCAGAAAUCUUUGAAAAUACGUGUGGAUCACAGAUAGUUUUUCUAGGUGUGAGCAAAAGAGGAGCAGAACAUCUGAAAAGAACACUGGCUAAAUCAACAGAACGUAAAAACCCUGAACUGAGGCAUCCAGUUAAUUCCAGAGGCAGUUUAUUGGAAGUGCUUAGGCAAACACUUAUGGAAUGGAGAACUGAGGAAACGUUAAAAUUUCUCUAUGGCCCAAACUAUACUUCUUUGUGCUCAUCAGAGUGCACAGCAUCUGUCAACCAGGAGACUGAAGAACUUGAUGAGGAUGACUUAGAUACAGCUGAUGAUCUCGACACUGUUGCUGUAGGGGAGUCUGAAAACAGUUUGAACUACUCUUUACCUUUCACAGGCUCAGGUGGAAUAGUUAAGCCUGUGCCUAGUUAUGAAAAGUUAAAAGAAGAAACAGAGCUCCUAGAACUCAGAGUAAAAGAGUUCUAUAAAGGAAGGUGCAUCCUGGCUGAAGAGGCAGCAACACAAGCACAGGCAGGGGAACAUCCCAGCAAAGACAAAGAUGAUCAGCAGGAAGAUCUCACCUUCCCACUUGUUGAUUCAAAUGCACAAAUGCAGAUUAGGAGGCGAAUUGUCCUUGAAAAACUGAGAAAAGCAUUAUCUGCAGUUUUGGGCCCUCUUCAGAUUGCUUCAGGUGAUGUUUACACAGAGCUAAAAAACCUUGUCAAAACUUUCCGGUUAACAAACAGAAACAUUAUUCACAAGAUGCCUGAAUGGACUCUCAUUGCUAUUGUUUUGUUAUCUGUGUUGUCACAAAUAACUCCACUUUUCAAGAAUACUCAGACAAGCCCAAUGUACACACAGUUCCUAACCAAAUUACUGGAAGAACUGCAUUUCAAAAAUGAAGAUCUGGAAAGUUUAACAAGAAUAUUUAGAAUGGACUGACAACUUGAAUGGUCAGUCAACUUUAAGCUACUCUGUGAGUCUUAAAACCAAGCUGGUUAACCACGGGUUUGAUUUUCAGCAUUUUGUAAGUAUGUAUAGUAACUACAGAUUGUAUCAGCUGGAGCAGAAAAUGUGUGAAGCAAAUUUUAAAGAAAUAUGUAUGGUAUGGAAAUGAGUGUCAUCAUUUUGUCACUUACAGUAAAUGCUAGCUGCUUACUUAUCACACUAAUCUUUUGAUAAUGUAUGGUUGGUUUACUGCAAUUUUGAGAGGAAUUUUUACUACCACAGUUUAUUAAAAAAAAAAAUAAAAAAAUCUGUGUGUCUACAAUGGCUAACACUCAGCAGGGUUUUUUAAAUUAUUACAAUGAAAUUGUUAGAUUUUGUGAUAUAAAACUGAGUUAAGAGACACUCUUUUUUUUGCAUACUCUUGAGGUUACAUUUGUCAUUCCAGGCAGGCCAAAGAAUUUAAGUGCAAAUACCUUACUUAUGUUGAUCACACUCAGUUGAUCCAAUGAAUAUAGCAUUAUAGUAUCAUUACUGAUCUCACUCCUUUGUUCCCCACAGAAUAACAUGAUCAUCUUAGUAUCUCCUACUACCUGAAAUAGUUGCAUGGAGAACAAAAGGACACCUUCUUUGUUGUUUGAGCUUUUUCAAAUUAAAAAUGCAAUUUGGAAUGAAUUGUCGUACUUGCAUUUCUGCUUUUUCAUUUCCUUCCUAAGGGUAAGAAUUUUGAAGUCUUGUGAAGGAGGUGACCAACCACAGUUGUUCAAGUUAAAACAUGGAUCAUCUGAAAAGUGUUUAAAAGCAGUAGAAAGGAAUUUGGAUUGGUUUGGUUUUUCUUGGUUUGGAAACCUUCAGUCCAAUUUUGUCUGCCGGGAUCAGGGAAGGAAGGGGGAAAAGCGUGUGAGCCUCCAAGGGUAAGAGCAGUGCUGCUGACAUUUUUCCAGUUGCCCCCGUGCAUGGAGCAGGAAUCUUUAGGAAUAAU